AGUGAAUUCAUUAAAGUUGCGCAUGUUAAGGUUCAGUUGAGUGUAGUGAAGCAGCAGCAGCAGCAGCAACAACCUCCCUGGCUCCUUCACUAACAACACCCUCACAACAAUGGCUAAGUUAAAGUGCAGUGAGUUGCGUACCAAGAAAAAGGAUGAGCUACUGAAGCAGUUAGAGGAACUCAAACAAGAACUAUCAGGUCUGCGUGUAGCGAAAGUCACUGGUGGAGCUGCCUCAAAACUCUCUAAAAUCCGAGUUGUACGCAAGUCGAUUGCACGUGUUAUGAUUGUCAUCAACCAGAAGACUAAAGAAAACCUUAGGAAAUUCUAUAAGAACAAGAGAUUCAAGCCUCUGGAUCUGCGCCCAAAGAAGACUCGCGCAAUCAGACGUGCUCUAACCAAGAGGGAGCUUCAGAUUCUUACUCCUAAGCAGUCCAAAAGGAUGUGGAAUUUUCCUAGGAGGAAAUAUGCUGUCAAGGCUUAAAUAAAAGACAACAACA